AACGGUAUAGGCAAAACCAGUAACGUCAUCUUUACCAAUCUAAAACACAACAACAACAUUAUUCUCUCAGAAAAAAAAAACACACCACCGUUGUCACCGCCGUAAAACACCAGAAUCUUAAAUUUCCUUAAUGGGUGCCACAGAACAUGUGGGUGUUGAAAGAGGGAAUGAAAGUGGAGGUGGAAUGAAGGAAGAAAGGGUGAGGGAUUUGGAGAAAGGUGAAGUGGGUUUUGAAGAGAGAAAAGCUCAAAGAAAUGAUGUUGAUGGUGAUGAUGAUGAUGAUACUGGUGAUAUUGAGAAUGUUGACCAUGGUCAUGCUCAUGGUCAUGGUCAUGGUCAUGGUGAUGCUCAUGGUCAUCAUGAUGAUGAAGAGUUUAAUCUUUCUAGGUUUCAUAGAUUGAAUCCUACUAAUCCUUUGAGGAUUGUGAUUAAUAGCUCAACAAGAGCUGGUAGACCUUCUCCUCCUACUCAAUCUCAAAGGUCUCAUACUCAUACUCGUUCUGUUCCAACACAAGUACCAAUACCAACACCAGCACAAGAACCAGCACCAGCACCAAUUCAAACUCCUCAACCACCACCACCACAACCGCAACCGGUGACUUUGAAUUCAAGAAGAUAUACCAACAGAAUAUCCUUGUUUAUAUUCUUAUUUCACCAAUUACUAGUUAUAGCUUUUGUGUGCUUUCUAGUUUUCAAGGGAAUCCAAGGACUUAUACAAGAAUCUGGUUCUGUUAAAAGAAAAGAGAAAAGAGUGUUGAAGUAUUUUCUUCCACAAGUGGAAGCUGCAACUUUUAUGAGCAUAAUUCUCGCUUUUAUCUGGCAAGGUGCAAUUAGAAAAUGGCCAACUUUUAUGGUUCAUUUCAUACUUUGGUUCACUUUUGUGAUGUCGCUUGCGGCCGGGAUUCUUCUUAUUUGCUUCCAAAAGGCCCCCACCGACGGUGUCGGUGUUUGUUUCAUUGCUUUUGCGAUUGGAAACGGCUUAUAUGGUUGUUGGGCUAGUCAUAGAAUUAAGUUUUGUUGUAAGAUCUUGACUUUAUCGCUUCAACCUAUGUCGAAAUUCAGCGAUUUGAAUCGACCUACUUACAAUAUGCUUGCGAUUGGGUUCUUAUGGAUAUCUCUAUGGACUUUAGCUGUCAUUGGAGCUUUGAACUUUUAUUUUCCGCCUUUGGUUAUCAUCGGGCUGGUGGUGAGUUUGAUGUGGACGACCGAGGUUAUGAGAAAUGUCGUUAAUAUAACAGUUAGUAGGGUUAUUGCGUUGUAUUAUUUGCGAGGAAUGCAAUCUAGCACUCAAUUUUGCUUUUUGAGAGCGGUGACUCGCAAUCUUGGAAGUGCUUGUUUGGGGUCUCUAUUUGUGCCAACAAUUGAAGCACUGAGAAUUGUUGCUAGGGGGCUGAAUUUGCUCGAGGGAGAAGACGAGUUCAUGUUUUGUUGCGCUCGUUGUUGUUUGGGCGUCAUGGAAUCAAUUUUCAGAAAUGGCAAUAGUUGGGCUUAUGUACAGAUAGCAGCCUAUGGAAAAGGCUUUGUAAUGGCAUCACAAGACACAUGGUCCCUAUUUGAGAAGGAAGACAUGGUGCCAAUUGUUGAUGCUGACAUAACCAGCUCAAUUUGUUUUCUAACAGGAGUUUGCAGUGGCUCUAUGUGUGUUAUUGUUAUGGCUUCUUGGACUCAAAGUGUUCACCAAAGUUUCACAGCUACCUUAUCUUUACUAACUUUCUUCAUUGGAUACCUUUUGACAAGGAUUGCAAUGGCAGUACCUCAUGCUUGUGUAAGUUGUUACUAUGUAUGCUAUGCUGAAAGUCCAGAAAACAGAUUAUUUGAUAAAACAAUUAAAGAUCGUCUCGCGUUGUUAAAAACACCGAGAGGAUUUAGAAGAUACACUUCAAGAUCUUAAUUUUAUAACAUCGCAAAAUUUAGAGACGAAAUUAAAAAUUUCGUCUCUAAUUUUUUAACCAGAGAAUUAGAGACGACGAAUUAGUUUAUUCGUCUCUAAUUUCUUUAACCAGAGAAUUAGAGAAGGAUUGGUUUCUUCUGUCUCUAAUUUUUUUUAGAAAUUUUGUAAUAUCAUGUAUAUUUUUUUUUGCACAUAUGCUUUUAGGAUAUUCCAUAAGGACAUAAGGUGAAGUCUCGUCAUUAAUUUAUUGUAAGAUAUGCGUGGAAGACACUAACUCCUAGUUUGAUUUAUUUUUCAAUUUUUUUAUU